AGUUAUAUAAAAAAUAUUUUCAAAMAAAAAAAACAAUAUGCAGGUGUWUGCCAUUAUAGYCAUAAUUUCGGCAGCCCUGGCCAUGGCCAGUGCCCGUCAAAUUAACGGCAACGGUAUCAAUUUGAUUAAGCAACAAGAGGGUUUCAGGGCCGAUUUUUAUUAUGAUCAAAUUGGUCUCAAAACUAUUGGCUACGGUCACGCUUGUGUAUGGCAUAACAAUUGCAACGAUAUUCAUCCGCCCAUAAGCGAGGCCCAGGGUACCCAGAUUAUGAUGCAGGACCUGGUUGAGUUUGAAAAUUGUGUMCAGGGUGCCGCACCCAAUUUGAAUGAUAACCAGUUUGCUGCCUGUACCUCAUUUGCCUUUAAUAUGGGUUGCGGUGCAUUUACCGGCUCACAUAUACUGUCCAAUAUACGGGCCAACAAUUUCAAUGCCGCRGCCACCGCUUUCAACGAGUAUGUCGUAGCCGGCGGUCGGGUCAUACCGGGUCUGGUCAACCGUAGACAUGCCGAGGAGGCACUGUUUAGAAGCUAAACUGUAUUAUUAUUAUUACUGAAAUAAAUCAAAUUUAUUGUAAAAAAAAUUAAUUUAAAAAUAUAAAUAAAUAAAUAUUAUU